AUGGUUCCUUGUCACCAGAAUUGCAGGCUGCCUCGUCGUUCUAAUAUUUGGUUUCUGACUCACCCUUCGGUCCAGACUAGCGUUGUCUUCUCCUCUUCUCAAGCUGUGGUGGUGGAUUGUUAUUGGCAGACUCGUAGUUUUCGUGUGGCCAUCAUUCAUGGCUCGAAUGAUGUUGGUGAGCGCCGUACCUUGUGGAAUGAUUUACUCUCGGUUAUUAGCAUGAAUACUGUGUUUAUUGGGGAUUUUAACGCGGUGAAAGGAGCUAAUGAGAGAAUCAGCUUGGUUCGUCCGUCCAGGCGUGCUUGUCAGGAUUUUAGGGAUUUCAUUGAAGCUUCUGGUUUUGGGUUUGCGGAUAUGUGGGAUUCCAUUAACUCCCAUGCUCUUCCUCGGAUUUCUUCUGAUCACUCUCCGUUGGUGCUGCAAUGUAAGUUCGCCACGCCUACGGGUAAGCGUCGCUUCAAGUUUCUUAAUAUGUGGGUUCUCCACCCUGAUUUUCAAAAUAUGGUGGCUACGUCGUGGAAUUAUCAGGUGGACGUGAACUGCCCUAUUUUCCGUGUUAUGUUUAAAUUGCGCCGUCUUCGGGGGGUGAUUCAGUCUUGGAAUAAGAUGGUUUUUGGUAACGUCGACACUGCUAUUCAGGAGAAUCAGCACAAUCUUUUGGAUAUCCAAGCGCAUAUUGCUGAGUCGGGUUAUACAGAUGACUUGUUUGACGAGGAGGUGUCGGCUCAGGCUAAGAUUAAUGUGCUUCUCUCUAGAAAGAAUAGUUUGCUUCAGCAGAAGAGUCGUAUGAAUUGGCUUGUUGAUGGGGACAGGAAUACGACUUUCUUUCAUAAUAUGAUCAAGUUCCGCAAUCGAGGGUUUUCGAUUGGGCACUUGAAAAUUGAUGGGGUGGUUGUGCAUGAUCCGGCGGUUAUCGAGGCGCAUGUUACGGAUUUUUUCUCGUCUCUGUUUACUGAGGAUAGACUGAACUCGGUGGAUCUUGCUGAGUUGGAAGCUAAUAUUGACCCUUGGGUUUCUGAGUCGCAGAACAAUCAGCUCACGAGUAUCCCCCUUGAAGAUGAGAUUUCUGCUUCGGUGUUUAGUAUGGAUGCUAAUAGUUCUCCGGGUCCGGACGGGUUUUCUGGUCGGUUCUUUCAGAGUUGCUGGUCGACGGUUAAAGCGGAUAUCAUUGCGGCGAUUUUGGCGACUCGUCUGAGUUUGGUGGCGGCAGAGGGGGUCUCUCAGAACCAGUUCGGGUUCAUCAAAGGCAGAUCGAUUCAUGAUUGUAUUGUGCUGGGUUCUGAGGGUUUUAAUUGUAUGAAUAGAUCGGGUCGUGGUUCGAACAUUGCCUGCAAGGUUGACAUUCGCAAAGCUUUUGAUACGAUGGGUUGGGAGUUUAUUUUGCAGGUUCUUCGUGCGAAUAACUUCCAUGAAACUUUUAUCAGAUGGAUCUCUAUUAUCUUGAGCUCUGCUAGAAUUUCUAUUUUGUAUAAUGGGAAUCUUAGCGGUUACUUUGCUUGCUCUCGGGGAGUCAGACAAGGGGACCCCUUAUCUCCCAUUCUGUUCGGCAUUGCGGAAGAUGUUCUCAGUCAUCUCUUCAUCAAUUGUGUGAAUUCUCGUCAUCUUCAGCCUAUGAGUUUCAGCAGGGCGAGGAACUUUCCUACUCACUUACUUUAUGCGGAUGAUAUCCUUAUUUUCUGUAAAGCUUCUCUGAAGAAUGCGCGUAAAAUUAAGGAGAUUCUUGAUUAUUAUGGGCGUUUGUCUGGUCAAGUUUGCAGCGUCGAGAAGUCCCAUGUUUUCUUUGGCUCGGGGGUUGCCGCUGUCAUGCGAUGUAAUAUCAACCGGGAGUUGGGGUUUGCUGUGGGAUGCCUUCCUGUUACUUACCUUGGUGUCCCUAUCUUUACGGGUCGCUCUCGUGCUUCUUUUUUUGCCAGCAUUUAUGACAGAAUUGUCCAGAAGUUCUCUCGCUGGAAAGGGCUGCAGCUUUCUAUCGCUGGAAGACUUUGUUUGAUACGUUCGGUUAUUCAGAGUUCUGUCACUCAUUCAAUGAUGGUUUAUCGAUGGCCUAAAUCUCUGCUCCACAGCUUAGAUAAAAUGUGCAGGAAUUUCUUAUGGACUGGCAGGAUCGACCAGCGGCCUUCCUGCCCGGUUGGCUGGGCUCGUGUUUGCGCUAUUCAUCAGGAAGGUGGUUUGGGGUUUCGAGAUUUUGGUCUCAUGAACAAGAGUUUUAUGAUGAAGCUGGCUUGGAAGUGUAUUAAAGGGACUGACUUUGCUCACUCUAUUCUUCGCACGAGGUAUUUGAAUUGUUUUGGUCAUGCGAAGUCUUCUCUGGCCUCUUCGCCGGUGUGGACUAGUAUUCGUGAGAAUGUGAGUGAGCUGGUGGAGAAUUCUUAUUCCUUCAUUGGGGAUGGUUCUUCUACUUAUUUCUGGCUUGAUGAUUGGCUCGGUUAUAAGUUGAUUGAUAAGCUUCAGAUUCCGUUUUUCAUGCAUGAGUUUCUCCAUCAUUCGGUGUCGGAUUAUUAUUUUGAGGGAGUUUGGCAUUUUUCUGAGGAUUUUGUUGUGCAGUUUCCUGACACGGUCUGCGAUAUUCUUUUGUUGCCUAUUGGGGACAGUGAGGACUCGAGGUUUUGGAAGCAUUCUGUUAGGGGUGAUGUUACGGCGGCUCUUGCCUUUUCGAGUGCUUGCCAUAGCUUCCCCAAAGUCCAUUGGGGAGACUGGAUUUGGGAGAAUUAUAUUCCUGUGAGGCGUUCGAUCGUUUGUUGGCGUAUUAUUCAGAACCGUUUGCCGACUAUGGAUGUCCUCAUUCGUCAGGGUACCUUGGGGCCCAAUCGGUGUUCUAUUUGUGGUGCGGCGGAGGAGACUAUAUCCCAUCUGUUUUGGGAGUGUCCGGUGGUGCGUCCGAUCUGGUCGGAUUUUUUGGGCUGGUUUCAUCAGGGCGAUUUUGGGCUUUGCCCCGAUAUUCAUAGCUUCCUGGUCUCGGCUUGGAACGCUAAAUUUAGCUCUCAGGUGAAUUCUUUAUGGAAGUUGGGUGUUCUCUCGCUUCUUUGGCGUAUCUGGGAAGGGAGGAAUCGGGUCGUCUUCGAUGACGUUUGCUUUGACCCUCGGGCUGUGAUGAGCUUUGUUAAAGUGGCGUUUAAGGAGCUCGAUGCGUCUUCGUUUAAAAUCGGUUCUGUCUCUCAUUCUUGGAAGGAUUAUUUGACUACCCGUAGUCUUGGUGUUGUUUCUCGUGCGUCUCCGCCUCCGUUAAUGAUUGAGGUGUAUUGGUGGCCUCCUGCUGGCCAGUGGAUCAAGGUCAAUACUGAUGGUUCGGCUUCGGGUUCGCCGGGUUUUCUGGCUGCUGGUGCGGUUUUUCGGGAUAAGUUUGGUUGGGUCCGAGGUUGCUUUCACAUGAAAUGUGGUCGUGGGUUUGCGUUUGAGGCUGAAUUCCAUGCUGUUAUUACUGCGAUUGCGAUUGCUCAUGCUCGGGGCUGGACGUGGCUUUGGAUUGAGGCGGACUCGACGUAUGUGGUGAAUCUGUUAAGCUCUCGUUCCCGGGAUGUUCCUUGGAGGUUUGUGGCGGCUUGGAAUCGUACGCUUUCUCUUCUUUCGGAUAUGCAGAUUAUGGUCUCCCAUAUUUACCGGGAAGGUAAUGCGGCUGCUGACGUUAUGGCUAACCCUGAAAGGUCGGAAGGUUGGUGGCCUUAUGCGAUUGAGGAAGUUAAGAAGGCGGUUGCCUUGGAUAUGGCCACUCACAGUUUUGUUCGUAUUCGUGUUUGA